UACAUCCAAGAACCUACAGUGAUGUGCUUUAUAAGUUGGAAGCUAUGGCUCUAUAGUUCAUAUGCAUGUGUUAAAACAGGGGUUGAUACCAAAUUGAAAUUCACUCUUGAGCCAUCUUUAGGUCAGAAUGGUUUUCAGCAGUGGCAUGAUGCACUCAAAGCAGUGGCCAGAUUGCCAACAGGCAUACCAAAAGAAUGGCGGAGAAAGGUUUGGCUGACCCUAGCUGAUCAAUACUUACACAGUAUAGCCAUUGACUGGGAUAAAACAAUGCGUUUCACAUUCAAUGAAAGAAGUAAUCCUGAUGAUGACUCCAUGGGCAUCCAGAUAGUAAAGGACCUUCACCGAACUGGUUGCAGUUCUUACUGUGGCCAGGAGGCAGAGCAAGAUCGAGUGGUAUUGAAAAGAGUUCUGCUGGCUUAUGCCAGAUGGAAUAAAUCUGUUGGCUAUUGUCAAGGUUUUAACAUACUAGCUGCACUCAUUCUGGAAGUAAUGGAGGGCAAUGAAGGGGAUGCCCUGAAAAUCAUGAUUUACCUAAUUGAUAAAGUACUUCCUGAUAGCUACUUUGUCAAUAAUCUCCGGGCUCUGUCUGUGGAUAUGGCUGUUUUCCGAGAUCUUUUAAGAAUGAAACUUCCUGAACUGUCCCAGCACUUAGACACCCUGCAAAGAGCUGCUAACAGAGAAAGUGGAGGAGGCUAUGAACCCCCACUUACAAACGUCUUCACAAUGCAAUGGUUUCUAACCCUCUUUGCCACUUGCCUGCCUAACCAUACAGUUCUGAAGAUCUGGGAUUCAGUAUUCUUUGAGGGCUCUGAAAUUAUACUGAGAGUAGCCCUGGCUAUCUGGGCAAAGUUGGGAGAGCAAAUAGAGUGUUGUGAAACCGCAGAUGAGUUUUACAGUACCAUGGGCAAGCUGACCCAGGAGAUGCUGGAAGACAGUCUAAUUGACAGCAAUGAACUCAUGCAGACUGUUUAUACCAUGGCUCAGUUUCCCUUCCCACAGUUGGCAGAAUUAAGGGAGAAAUACACAUACAACAUUACUCCUUUCCCUGCUGCAGUAAAAUCAACUUCACUUUCCGGGCGGCUCGGCAGAACCAGAGACAGCGAUGAGGAGAAUGACCCAGAUGACGAAGACUCUAUCGCCAAUGCAAUUGGCUGUCUUGGACCAUUAAGUGGGUUUUUGGUACCAGAGCUCCAGAAGUACCAAAAACAGAUCAAAGACCAGAAUGAAGAGCAAAGUCUGGGCUCCAGUAAUAUUGCAGAACUAAGUCCAGGAGCAAUAGACUCUUGCCGAAGUGAAUAUCAUGCUGCUUUUAACAGCAUGAUGAUGGAGCGUAUGACCACUGAUAUUAAUGCACUGAAAAAGCAAUAUUCCAGGAUAAAGAAGAAGCAGCAACAGCAAGUUCACCAUGUGUAUAUCAGAGCAGACAAAGGGCCAGUUACCAGCCUUCUCCCUUCUCAGGUAAACUACUCCCCGGUGAUAAACCACCUUCUUUUAGGAAAGAAGAUGAAGUCGAAUAACAGGUCUCUCAAGAAUGCUGUCAUUCACAUCCCAAGUCACGCUACAGGGAAAAUGUCUCCCAUUCCCCAAGAAGAUCUUAAAACCAAACUGAACUCUCCAUGGCGCACUCACAUACGAGUUCAUCGAAAGAAUAUUGCUAGGGCCAAAGGCCAGCUGGGCUAUGGGGAUACCGUUGGACUGAUAGAUGAGCAGAGUGAGAGCUGUAAAACAAAUAGUCCUGGUGCCAAGGAGGAGACUUCCUCACAUUCUGAUUUUGGAGAAAGAGAAGGUGGUGGUUUGGAUGACAGGACUCCCCAAAAAGCUGAUAGACAGUGUGCUGAGCCGGUCUCUAAGGACACCAACGCAAACAUGUCAGUGGUUCAGCUGAAACUAGAAGCACUGGAACUCGCCUCAGAUAGCAAAGCUGAUGCUGAGUCAACAUCCAGUCAGUCUUGCCAAACACGUUUAUCUGAGUCCUCUGCUUCAUCCAGUGACAGUGGAAACCUGGGUAAAUCUCCCCAGCCCGGUAACCCGAAGUUGCAAGUCUUCAACCCUUUUCCCAGUGUCAAGCCUCUUCGAAAGUCAGCCACAGCCAGGAAUUUAGGGCUGUAUGGCCCCACUGAAAGAACGCCAACUGUACACUUUCCACAAAUGAGUAGAAGUUUCAGUAAGUCUGUCAGUGGCAACAGUGGGACCAGGAAACGGUGACGUACUACCUGGUACUUCCUAUUUCUGACAGAAACAAAAAAAUGUGUUUUUUUUUUUUUUCAUGUAUGCGUGUAUAUUUGUGUCCCAAAGAGUUUCUAAACUUUAAUUAAAGUAAUGGGGACAAAAGUGGUUACCAGAGGUAUAAAUGUAUGUCUUUGAAAGUUGUGUCCCUGUGUGGUAUGGAAUAGAUUAGAGAAGACGCACUCUGGCACCCUAUUGUAGAUUCUGAUGGUUCCGUGGUAAAAUAAACAUUGAUUUACAGUGUGAA